AUGCAUAUGGAGAAUGCAUAUCAAGUAGAUACAUUUGCUAUUUCUUGUCGAUUACAGGAGAGACAGUAAUGGAUUUAAAAGUAUUUUAGGCCUUUUUUUGGUAUCUUCGCUACGAAUACUUUUAUUUACAGGACUUCGCCAUUGAAUGAGCGGGUUGGAAAUAGACUGAAUUCAGGCAACUCGAUUCGCAUGCACGUUUGUAUUUGUUUUAAAUUGAUUAUUAUUAUAAUAGUUCACUUACACGUGUAGCCGAGCGUUAGGCCAAUUUACAGUUUGAAAAUUUAAAUCAAAUCCAAAAAUCGGAACAAAAGAAAAAAAAAUAACAACAUCUGAAAAGAUAUAAACAGUAUAUAUGUAUUUUAUGUGACAACCAUUAUAGAAUAUAUAAAAAGCAAUACACAUAGUGUCUAGUUUCAGAUAAUACAAGCUUUUCAAGCUGUCCAAUUAGGACACGCCUUUAUUAAAUUUGGGGAAUCUGAAUUGAGCAAGUUAUUCAAGGUGAGGCAACAUUUGUAGAAUGCAAUAAAUAUCCUUUUACUAACGAGCAUUAGUUCUGUCGGAAAAUACAUUCUUUGAAUAUCAAACAAUAAUUAACUGUAACAAAAGCCGGAACAUAAAGAUCCAAAAGGCACAUACAAUUAUUAAAAUAUUUAAUUAUUACAGAAGUUAUGCUGCGGGGUUGAGCUUUUAUUUAAGAAGUACACAAUUUUGCGUUUUGAAAUUUAUAUGAAAUGCAAGGGCGCCCAUUAAAAUCUCAACAUAUUUAGUUUAACAAAUUACCUGCACCUUUUUUAAGCACGGAGACCCUGGGGUUCUCGAUAACUUAAUCAACCUAAAAUUUGGCAUUUUCGGCUCUUACAAUGACACUAUCGCCCACAUGGGUCUAUUUGUUAGUUCGUUCGUCGAAGAUCGACUGGGACCAUCGAGUCGUCCGGUGAAUGAUGACUUGCGCGGAUGACUUUUUGUUUUACGUGAGGAAGAGUUGCGAGGCGUCACCCUCACUCUCUCGUCCGGGCCCACCAUAUCAAGUGGCAAGACUCUACGUCAAGACGACCAGGGAUGGUUACGGUUGAAGGAAUUAAUUGUCAUUGUAUGAGCCUUACGGUACUCCGACUCCCGGUUGAAAUUCAUAGUUUCCAGAGUUUUUUUUUCCAUUCCAUUGGUCUAUUUAAGGCUUAAUCAAAUGGCAGUUAAUUAUCUAUGCCAAUAUAACCCUUCUCAUACUACAUUAUUUCAAAGUAUUAUACUCGUUCAUUACUACUGUCGUAUCAACUUAUUGUCGUAUCAACUUAUAUGAAUUUUUGACAAACGAGGCGUGUAGCAAGUGUAACAAUAUUGAUACAUCUGUAUGCAUUAUCUUAGCGCUACUUCUAAGUGAAGAGCAGGACGAAUGUUAUAACACUAAGAAGUAUAACCACGUGUUGGAUUCUAUUGUUAUACGCUGUGUCUUUCCGAGAUUAACGCGCAUUGAGGGAUGCAUAAUCAAACGAUAUAACGGGUUAGGAUUUGCCUUACGCACACACUGAUGUCUAUGUAAGAAUCCAGUUACAUGUUGGUGAGCUUGUUUAACAAUGACCUUCAUAACAUUACUAGAUUUAAUUUAAUUAGAUAGCAAGGGGUAACUCGAUAUAAACCAAUACAUUCUACAAAGCACUUGAGUGCAAAGGUUAGUACCCUAAUUUACUUACAGAACGUCCAGGUGGCUUGCCUGAGGUAUUAAGCAUGCCAACUAUGACUACGGCUCGGAUUUCUAACCAAUAAAUAAUUAACACACUCAAAAUAAUUAGGACAUUGUGUACAUAUCGAAAAGCCCUGUAUUUAGAAAGCAUAACAGCGGGAAGUUUUCGUAAAAUUAACAAUACUCAGAGAUUCGUACACUAUUAGAAAAUUAAAACCCGGGACCAAAAACCUGAAGAAUGAUGUAUUUAUUCAAGUUUAAUCUCGGUUUUUUAAGAUACACUUGCAAAUGUAUGUAGGUUAAAUGUUCGUUGUGACAUAGCAAGUCGAUUGCUUUGAGAGCCAUGGAAGAAUGUAAAAAAAUACUUAAAAUUUCUUAAUAUUUAAAAAAAACCUCUACACUUACAUAUGUAUGUAGGUUAAAUGUUCUUUGUGACAUAGCAAGUCGAUUGCUUUGAGAGCCAUGGAAGAAUGUAAAAAAAUACUUAAAAUUUCUUAAUAUUUAAAAAAAACCUCUACACUUACAUAUGUAUGUAGGUUAAAUGUUCGUUGUGACAUAGCAAGUCGAUUGCUUUGAGAGCAAUGGAAGAAGGUAAAAACAUAAUUAAAAUUUCUUAAUAUUUAAAAAAUCCUCUAAAAGCAGCUUUUCUUAAAAUUGACGGGAUGCACAGGGUGGUAGGGGAGUAAUAUGCGAAGUUAAUUUAGGGAGUGGGGCAUUGAGAAUAUUCUAGGUGGGGGGGGGGGCGUUGGUGGAUAGUUUUAUAAAGGCUUUCUAAAAAAUAAAAAUUAUAUUUAAUUUUAAAAUAUUCGAAAUGUUUUUAUGCUUAUCAUACUUUAUAAAAGGAAGCUGUCAAAGAUCAAGGAACAUUUUUGAUACUCUUUUGAUAUUUGAAACAGGAAAAGGGUAUAUUAACAAUAAAACAGUGUUAUAGCCUGUGUGUUUACCUAUUUGGUUUCAACUACUUGUCUCCCUGCUUUUAACAAUAACUUCAUGCAUUAAUUGUGUAGCAGUUUAUCUUUACCCAAAAAUCCCUAGACUGCGACAAAGUUUUUUUACGUUCUAAUUUGUUUUAAAGAAUGGCAUCGGGUCAUGCAAUUUCUAUAAUAUCUUUUCAGGAGGGUUCAAACGCCCUCCCUGUAAAUGGGCACCUUUUUUUUUCAAACAUUUCCCGAAAUUCGAAGAUUUGACCCGUGGAACACCUUCCUUUUCUAAAGCAAAACAACACACAUUGCUUUUGAGGCAUUAUUCGUCAACAAACAAAAAAUUAUACAAAAGGAAGUUAGCAUCGAAAUCGCAAUGUUAUCAGGGUGUAAGGAAAAUCUUGAUAAAAAUUAUAGUAAAGUGCAGUAAGAACCUUAGAGGUCCAAGUAGUAUAUGAGACAAAUAAUUACAAGCAAUUUUUCUGUUCACAAUAUCACGAUGGUGUAGGCUUCGCAGGAUAAAAUCACAUGGCCUCUGAUUUUCAAAAAUAAUUUUUAUCUUGUUACCUUAACAACAAUUUGUCUCUCACCAUGCACCUGAAUAGCUCAAGGGAACACCAUAUAUGGAUGAUGAAGAUUAAUAAUAAUCAUAAAGUUUACUUUAACAUCACGAUUCCUCCCCAGAGGUUCGAAACGCGUUACAAAGUCAAUUAUAUACAAAAAGAAAUUAUUUUUUUUUAAUAACACAUUGAAAAUACAAAACGCAACAUUACAAAAACUACAUAUGAGAAUACCAAUUCUUAGUCUUUCAUUACUUGCAACCAUAAACAACACAAGUCAAUAUACGUCUAGGAGAUAAGAGCAAGCUGGAAAAGAUGGUAGACAACAUCACCACAGCAGGUAUUUGCGAAAUAAAUGUGAUUUCAAUUCAGUUUUCAGAAACUCUAGUGUCUGGCUAUUUCUAAGAGCGUCAGUAAGUGUGUUCCAAAUGGUUAGGCCAGCAAAUGCGAAAGUGCACCUACCGUAAGUCUCAAGGCGAACACGAGGUAUCGAGAGUUUGCCACUAUCAGAUGAGUGGAGUUUUCUUGUUUGUACAUAACUCGCCAUGAGCGCUUUGAGAUAGGACAGUGCCAGAUCAUGAAAGCAUUGGUAGCACAGAGUUGCAAUUUUGUAUUCUAUGCGAGCGAAGAUUAGCAGCCGUAAAGUCACAGGAGCACUCUGAAAUGUCAGUACGAGUUGUCUAGUAGGUACAUAAGUCGUCAUUAGCGCUUUGAUAUGGGACGGUGCCAGGUCAUGUAAGCACCGGUAGCACAUGGUUGCAAUUUUGUACUUCAUGCGAUCGCGAACCGGCAGCCAAUGCAACUCUCUCAGAAGUGUUUUAGCAUGGUCAAAUUUGCGUUUGCGAAGAACAAUGCGAGACGCAUUAUUCUGUGCUUUUUUAAUUGUAUCCAGGAGCGUAGCUGGAAGACCCACCAUGAAAGCAUUGCAGUAGUCCAUGCAUGAUAGCACGAAUACAGGCAUAAGUCUCUUUUUUGCAUUAAAUGUUAAGAAAAGUCUGAUAUGACUAAUUUUGCGCAGCUCUAGAAAAAUUGCGUUGCAAAGCAUUUUAUUGUGAUUUUCUGUAGUCGUGUUCUAUCCAAAUAGACACCCAGGUUUCACAAUGUUUGAGCAAACUCAAUCUGUAUACCUGAGAGAGUAAGGGAUGGUGUGUUAUUUACAGAUUUUAGCUUUGAGAUCAGCUCAGUCUUUUCAUCGUUCAAUUUGAGCUUGUUUACGUUCAUCCAGUGCUUAACUUACUCCAAUGUCUUCUGUGUCAUAAUAAGAAUUUGAGAGGGGAUCAUGGACUGCUAAAGUUGGGUAUCAUCCGCGAGCAUGUCAUAUAGCAUGUCAAAAUGCUUGAUCACUGCACCCAGGAUCUGUACGUACAUAUUGAAAAGCACCGGGCCUAGGAUUGAGCCUUUUGGUACUCCGAAUAAUGGAAUGCUUCGAAGUCAAAGCGUUAGAGAUAACUAAUUGAACACCAUUAGUCAUAUACAAUCUCAGGAUGGUAUCGUUGAAAUCGAAAUUUUUUUGCAGACGCGGGAGAAGUAUGCCGUGGCCAAGCGAAUCGAACGCUGUCGAUAGAUAACGACAAAAGGGAUACCAUUCUGUUACCACAAGACGACAGACGGUCAUUUACGAAGCUUAACAGGGCUUGUCUUAGUAGAGGAAAACGCCCUGUAUGCUGAGUGGAAAGGCUCAAACAAGUCACACCGAAUGAGGUGGUUCAGGACAUGGCGGAGAACAACUUUCUCUAAAAUUUUGGAUACAAUUGGUAGAUUACAAUCGGGGCGAUAAUAUAAGAUAGGGUAACAGACAUAUAUACACACACAGAGAAAAGGUCGUCCAAAAAUGAAUAAUUGAAACUAUUGUUUAAAAAAAUGAAUUUAAUGAAUACAUUUGAAAUUAUAUUUCAGAUUUCAAGAAUCUGAUCCAUCAACAAUCAUCAGGAAAGAUUUUCAAAUAAAAACUUAAUGAUGAAGAAAGGGGACAGUUUAGCCCAAAGAAGUUGGUUUUGCAAAAGAAAGCAUAUCUCAAGGUCGUUAAUAAAUUUUCUUGAAAAUUAGAAAAUGUUCAAUAGAUCUUCUUUAUUUCAUCAAACAUAACAGAAUGUUUUAAUUUUAUGGAUAGGCAAAAAUAAAUAUGCAAGUUUAUGUUAUUAGUAAUAGCUAAGGUUUUUAUUUAGCGUUUGCAGUCACUUCCACAUCCGUUCAGACAUUUCUUUUCACUUCCAUGGCAAGCAAAAGCUGCAACCUGAACAAAGCCUGAAUUUAGACGCCCUCUUCCGCAAAAAGUUUAUAUAAAUACACAUAUUUUAAAUGAAACAUGACGAAUUCGUCUCCCUUCUAAAGUCAACAUCAUUGGGCGGGUGGCACCAUUCACAGCCCCUUCAUACGGCGCGUAGUCUUAACUCACACAGUCGAGUAACAUGAUUUUACUUAUAUCAAUGUGUCAAAUGUUGGAAGCUCUUAAUGAUUAGUGGACUGAAACUCACAGGAUUAAAAUAUUAUGCAUGUAACCAUUUUAAGUUAUUUUCUUUUCUUUUAAAAAAGCAGGUCUCUCUUUAUUUCCUUCUUGUCGAUCUUGAUAUCUUUUUCAACCUUGUCGUUUGUAGCAGUGACGAUAUAUUCCAGAAAUUUUACAGAGGUAGACUUCAACUGUUGUUUUUUUUUAAACUUCUAUUAAAUCCUUUAAACGAUUUGUUAUAACGUAAAUUUUAAAGCUUUUUUUAAACACAUUAAAAAUUAAGAUUUAUAUUAGUUUAUAUUAAACGCAUAUUUUAAUCAGUUGGUAUAGAUCUAAGUUUAUCUAUCAAUCGACUAGCCUCAUUCGGUCUGUUUCUCUAUUCAUCAAUGAACAAAAUAUAUAAGUUCACUACAAUUUUUUUGUCUAGCAAAUAUAACUAUUUAUGUAUUGGUUUUUUGUUUUUUUUAAAAAUUCAAAUGAUAAUAAGAAUAAUUAUCUCAUAAUAUGUUUCCUACUGAAACAGCUGAACCAAAACAAGUAUAUCAAUAAAAAAGUUAUUACGGAUCUAGCGUUGUUUGAAGAGGUAUUUAACCAGUUUUUUCCUGUAUGUUGUUAGUGUUGUUUUUAGCUACCGCGUUACAGGUCUGAAUGCAAACAAUAUUCUAUUAUAAUUUAACAUAACAUAAAGUUUAUUUUGCAAGACGAGCGCAAAAAGUAUUUGAAAUAAAGCGUGCAUAUAUCUAAAAACCAUCAAGUGGAACUUCAUUAUUUUUAGAAUAUGUGUUUAAACACGUCAUUGAAAACUUCAUGGUUUAUCUAAAAAAAACUUUUGAGUAUUAUUUUUCUAAUUGGUUUAAUUAAUGAUUAUUUUAGAAACAUGUUUUUAUUAUAUAAAAUUAUUUUUGUAGUGGAACGAAUGUCUAUUUUCCUAACUUUUCACAUAUUUCAGAUACUAAGAAGUAAAAAAAAACCACAUUCGAUAAGUGAGUAUAUUCUCUGUAAAACCAUUUUUUUCCAACACUUUUUAUUAGUUCGAAUUUUAAUUGUUUAUGAUGGACUUCCCAUAUAAAUUUUGACCCUAUUGAUGAUGCCUAAUUUAGCUGAACUUUCUUUGGCUUACUAAUCCCCGAUGCCAAUACAACCAGUCACGAUCAGUAGGUCACCAUAGGUGACCUCCGUUAACCAUCGAGUGGGCCUAUAUCUUGGAUUACAAAUUUGGUCCCAAUCCUGAAGUUCAUUUUGGCUUUUACUUUUUACACUUAUCAAUCCACGAUAACACUACACUACAUUACUUCACGGUAAGUACGUUACCAGUGAGCUCCAUUGACCCUUGAGUGACCUUCUGUGGAUAUCUCAGGACCGGAAAGUGGUACGGACAUCGGAUUUUCACUGCAGGGUUUCCUUACGCUUGGUUAUUCGCUCCCGAUGAAAAUGAACCAUGAGGAACACAUUUUUUUACCACAGAAAGGACACUGGCAUUUAACGCAAUUUUUGUAUUGGGCGUGGCAAGCUUUUUAGUCGUAAAAUUCAACCCACUUCAUUAUCUGCCAUUACAUCUUCUAAGACGUACAAAAUAAAAAUAAAAAAUAAUAAUUUUAAACGUUUAUUUUACUUUUUUAAUAAAGGGCUUUACUCAAUAUAUAUAUAAGUAUUAAUUAUAAAAGUCCCCCUAAAAUUCAUUGUUGUUACACUCACAUAACUAAAACACUUGAAAUACAAUGUUGUCGUAUGGUUUGUAGAAUAAUAUGUUUGACACAUGUAUAUAUUUGUAUUGAAUGCUCCAAUCACUCGACAUCAUGUAAUUUGAAUAAAAUUAGUGAUACCGCUGCAUGCCUAUAUUUGAGAUUUGCAAACAACUUUGAAAUCACGUGUUCCAAACCCUCGUUUAAGUCAUUUGACUGGAACCACUUUAAGGUUUUGGGGGACUUUCCUUUUAUACGUUUUAGUACAUUUUUAAACAGUGCGUUUUAGUGUAUAUAUAUAUAUAUAUAUAUAUAUUUGUGUGAUUUUUCUUUUUUAUGUUUUUGUAUAUUUUUAUAUAGUGUGUUUUAGUGUAUAUAUAUAUAUAUAUAUAUAUAUAUAUAUAUAUAUAUAUAUAUAUAUAUAUAUUAUAAAUAAUUACAAUUUAUUUAAAAGUAAAUUCUUUUCUGUAAUUUAAUAGUUUUAUAUGGGCUUAUUUAUUUUAAGUUUUUUUAAAGGUAUUUAAAAACUUGUUAUUUUAAAAUAUUAUUAUAAAAAAUUUUUAUUUUGUUUUUAAAAAAAUAUUUAUUUACAUAGAAGUUACAAACAGAAACGAAACGCAAACAUUGAAAUUCUCUCCCGUCACAGUACACAUACAAUUAAACCCACCAGCACAUAUUAUUGGGUUGGAUUCUAAAGGUAAGUUUACUAAGAUAGUAGAACAAAUUGGUCCAAAGGCUUCAUAUGCUGUAACUUGAUAUUUAAUAAUGAUGUUUUAUUUCAUGAAUACAGGCUGUCAAGUUUAUGUGAGUUUUUCUUUACCAUAGUAAUGUAAAAAUAAUCUUUUUUUUUUUUAAACACGCAUGGUAUCAAAGACCUUAAAUUAUAAACCAUUAAGACACAACUUUUAAAAAAGCAAAAACAAAAAAAAUCUUAAUUUCCCUGAACAUUUUUUUUUAAAAAAUCAUUAAUGUUUAUAUUGGCGAUAACAAAAGCAUAUUAAAUAAUUAACACAUGAAGUUUCGGUUUAUAAAAAAAAUUAAGUUUACUUUAAAAUGACCAUGGACAUCUGGCUCUUUACCUUACUAGGAAGCAUUGUAGGCAUUCAGGGAUGAGGUCCAAUGGUUUACCAUCAGCAACAACACUAUUUUUUUUGUACCACAGCUACCUUAAUUAAAAAAUGUUCACUUAUAAAUUGUUCUCCUUUUUUUUUCUAUACUGGUAUAAUUUGUACAUAUACAUACGUGCAAUUUCUAAAUUCAGAGCCAGUUUUUAGCUACAGUGACCAUUUUGAAGCAACUUUUGAUCUAGAAAUUAAUGAUAAACAAACAUUAAGAGGCGUUGGAAGUUUUGGACAUUCUGUGGAAAUUUACUACUCAGGUAAUAAUGGUGGCUGUAUAUUUUGAUAUAAUAUAUUAUCAGUGACGUAUGCUUUGAUUUUAUGAAUUACUUAUUUGAUCCAUAGAUUAAAAACAAAUAUUAUCUACAACAAAACCUUUUUAAAAAAAAUGUUUUGCUAUGUUUAACUCAUUUUAACAAUAUCUCGUAUAUAAAACUUUUUACCUUAAUAACAGUUCAAGCUUUAUUAUACAUCUUUGACACUGUUAAUACCAUUGAACGCAAUAUGUCAUGUUUGUAUUUUGGUACAUUAUUGCUUAAAAAAUCGUUCUGUAAUGAACGCUAUCUUUGAAAGACAAAGUGUUCUGAUUACCGCUUUGCUAGAAGAUAAAUAAGUGUUUUUAUUUUGUUCAAUAAAAGUACCACCCUUAUGUUGUUUAUUGUUAUGAUUUUUCACCGUUCUGAAAAGUUCAUUUGCCAACGGAAGCUAUAUUUAUAUGUGCAUUGUUCACAAACGCAGGUGCCCGUUCAGGAUGCAGGUGUUGCAGAACUGUUGUAUUGGUGCAUUCAUUGUUUACAAUAAAUUUAAUGCCUGAGGGUACUCUCAUUGAACCUACUGAGUUAAUACUUUUUUGUUUUUGUGAUUGUCAUCGCAACAGGAUGGUAUUACAUAUACAGUAGUAUUACAUUUAGACGUCCCAUGACCUGGCAUUAUCAAAACUGUCAGAAAAGGUAAAACUUAACAUCAUCAAACAUCUUACACAUGAAUAAAUUUAAUAUUAAAUUAUUUCUUUUCAAUCGAAUAGUCUAUUAGCUACACGGAAUGUCGAGUACACCACAUUACUUUAAGUGCUUAAAACGGAAUGUUAUAAAACUUUGUUUCCCCCUUUUCUAUCCUUUUAUGAAAUGUACACAACUGCAUACCUCCCCACAGAGCUGGUUUCAUUAUGUACAUAGAAUCAGUCCAAACAGUCCAGCCAACUCUGGUGUAUUACUUCGUACGGCACACACCGGAUGCCCAAGCUGUAAAAAGAGCAAGGAAAGGUUCUACACCGGUAAAAGUUAUUGUACCGAAUUAAAAUUUAUUUUCGCCACCUUUGAUGCCACAAAAACUCUCGUCUCUUCACUCAUUCUUUCAAAAUUUGACUACUGUAACACUCUUCUCGCAGGCAUUCCUCAACACCACAUAGACAAUCUUCAGAAAGCACAGAACUCAGCAUGCAGACUCAUUUUCAAUCAAAGAAACAUGACCACAUUCAACCACACAUGCGGCAACUCCACUAGCUUCCAAUUAAUUUCCUCUCGCAUCAAGUACAAGUCUGCCAAUCUACGCUUCAACUCGUUCACUGACCCUCACUUUCCUGUAUAUCUCUCUGAACUGUUGCUUCCUUAAAUCCCCACAAGACAACUACGCUCUUCAAUUGACAAUAGAACCGUCUCAAUCCCAAGAACCAAAACUAAGACCAUCGGUGAACGCUCCUUCUACUUCCAUGCGCCCAUGUUCUGGAACCAGCUCCCCUUCCACAUCCGUCAUUGUGAAAACUCGUCCACUUUCAAAAAGUCACUUAAAACCCAUCUGUUUAGGUCCGCCUAUGACCUGUGAUGCACCCUCCUUGCCCUGCCUCAUUUUCUGUCUCGGGUUGAUCCUGAAGUAUCAAAGUGUCCUCUUUUUAUAGCCAUUUUCAUUGUUUCUAUAGAAUAGUAGUUACUAUCCUAGUGUCUCAUUUGUAUUUACUUAGUUUACAUGUUUUAAUAAUUGUAAAGCGCUUAGAGCUUUAUGAUAAGCGCUAUAUAAAAAUGCCUAAAUAAAUAAAUAUUCAGAAAGUAAUAAAAUUGUACCCUUUCAGCCGUCACGAGCGGAGGGACUGGAUUAUGUUGACUGUUUCCUUUUACAUAUUUUAUUAAUAAAUCUUACUUUUAGAUAUAUAACAAAAACAAUGAAAUUUUGUAUUUCAUUAAAAUAAAAAUUUAAUUCUUGAUAUUCUUUGUCCAUUAAAUGUUGUAUCUUUUCAGGUGGUAUAUUCCAUUUAAAUCAAGGAGACACACUGAAAGUAUGUUUAUCGGGACUAGGGAUUGCAGAUUUUUCUGAUGAGUCCAGUUAUUUUGGGAUGUUCAUGUUGAAUAGUGAGCCUGGGGCACGUAAAUGAGAACUUUAGACUGAUAAAAUUGGCCUUCUGUCUUUUCAAUAAAUUGCAUACUGAUUAAUUGUACGUUGUUAAAAAUGGGUUUUUAUUAAAAAAUGUAUUUUAAAAACUUCCUAUGGAAUAUUAAAUUUUAAACAGGGGUCGAGGAAUGGAGAAAUAUUAUUCGAUCGCUAUAACAAAAAACCCAUGCCCCGAUAUUUCAUACAUUUAUUUCAUAGCAAACAUAUUGCCAUAUU